AUUUGUCUCGUCGUGCUUACCGUGCUAACGCCGCGACAAAGCGAUCUACUAAACGUUCGUAUUCUAUCAAUGAAAAGGUGAAAAAUAGAUAUUUAGAUUACAGACUGCAGGCUUGAAGUACUCUUUAUUAAAGGAAAAUGUCGGGGAGUCGAAGGAGAAAGUAUCGUGAUGACGACGAAGAUAUGGAUACGAGCCAUAGGUCGUCCAAACGACGGAGGCCAGACAAUGCACAGAUAGAAGAAAGACUGGAAUCCUUGAUCACCAGAGUUGGAGAGAAGAGUACUUCAUCUCUUGAGAGUAACUUGGAGGGGCUGUCAGGAGUGCUAGAGGCUGAUCUACCGAACUACAAAGGAAAGAUUAUCAAAAUCCUUUGUGAUUGUGCUGUUGCCCUUCCAGAGAAGAUCACUGUCUACACAACACUGGUUGGUCUUCUAAAUGCCAAGAACUUCGGCUUUGGUGAUGACUUUAUUAUAGUGCUUAGCAAGAGUAUGAGGGAGUUCAUGAAGGCUAAUGAAUGGAGUAAAGCAAGGUUUGUCGUGCGUUUCUUUGCUGAUCUUGUCAACUGUCAUGUGAUCGACGUCGCUUCACUCCUGUCGCUCUACGAGAACUUUGUGGCAGUCUCCGAGGAGCCAGAUAUUCCCCAAGUGCGCUCUGAUUGGUUUAUCUACUCUGUCUUAAGCAGCUUACCAUGGGUGGGCUGCUCACUGGAUGAAAAGAAAGGAGAAGAACUCACCAAGCUGAUGAAGUCCAUUGAAGAUUAUCUGGGAAAAAGGAAGAAGGAUCAUGUUCCUUUCCUAAGGGUUUGGCAUGGUGAGAAUCCACACGAACAGCAAGAUUACUUAGAAAACCUGUGGCAGCAGAUUGCCAAACUCCGCAGAGAUGAGUGGGUGGAGAAGAUCAUCAUGCGUCCCUACAUGGCCUUCCAUUCUAUCCUCUCCGAGUCAUCGGUCCAUAGCCUGCCCCCCUUCACACCCCCUCCUCACAACCUAGAGCUCAACUACCCCAUCCCGAAGGUGGUGUUCAGGAUGUUUGACCCCACGGAUGCCCCGGACGGACCACCCAUGCCUGGCCCACUUUCCAUUGAGCGGUACUUGGUAGAGGAUCAGAUCAGUUCCCUCAUCUCCACCUACUUCAGGGACCGCAAGGAUUGUGCUGCUCAGUUGCUGAACUACCAUGCCAAGAAGCAAAUACCUCUGAACUAUGUGAUAGUGGAGGUGAUGUUUGGACAGCUCUUCAACCUCCCUCAGUCUCCGCAGAUCCAUGUUUUCUACAUGGCUCUCUUCCUGGAGUUGUGCAAGCUCCAGCCUGGAUCCCUCCCACAAGUUCUCGCUCAAGCCUCAGAGAUGCUGUAUGAAAGACUGGAGCACAUGAACCUUCAUUCCUCCGACAGAUUUGUGAACUGGUUUGCACAUCAUCUCAGUAACUUCCAGUUCAGGUGGAGCUGGGAAGAAUGGACGGACUGUCUGAACGUUGACGUUGAUCUGCCAAAGCCCAAGUUUGUGAUUGAGGUGCUAGCUAAAUGCCUGAGACUGUCGUACCACCAGCGCAUCGUUGAGAGCGUUCCUGAGACCUUUGCUCCUCUCGUACCUAACCCUCCUGAGCCCAUCUAUAAGUAUGGUGAGGAAGGAGCAGAAUCUCUGCCAGGAUACGCCAUUGCACAGACCCUGUGUGAUUUGAUCAAGAAGAAGGGCUCGAUAGAGGUGGUGCUAGAGGUUCUUAAGGAUGCACCCAAUCCGAAGGAUGUGGAUGGCAUGGAAGAUGAGACAAGCUUUAAUGCCUUGAAGAUUGAUGUGUUCGUUCAGGUCCUCCUUUAUCUCGGCAGUAAAUCCUUCAGUCAUUCCUUCGGUGCACUUGCCAAAUUUCUACCUGUUUUGAAGGAGCUUGCAGUCAAUGAGGAGAGUCAGAUCUACAUCUUGAGGGUCAUCAAAGACCUUUGGAGGAAUCACUCACAGAGGAUCGCAGUCCUGGUGGACAAGCUGCUACGUGUCCGGGUGAUCAGCUGUCCCGCCGUGGCCAACUGGUUGUUCUCGUCCUUCAUGUCGUCUAGCUUCACCAGGAUGUUUGUGUGGGAGAUCCUCCACUCGACCAUCAACACCAUGAACAAGCAUGUCAAGGGGUGCGAGACAGAGCUUGAGGAGGCCAGGCAGAGUGCCAAGAGACCUGAUGAUGUGGAUAUGGAAAGCGAUGAAGAGGAUAGGUAUGACAUCACAAAGGCUGCUAGUGAGAGCAAGAUUGAGCAACUUCAAGAGAAGCUGGAGGGAGCUCAGAGUGAGGAGAAGAAACUCUUCCUCAUCAUAUUUCAGCGCUUUGUGAUGGUCUUAGGAGAGCACAUGGUAUCGUGCGAGAACAAGGGGGAGGAAUUCCGCACGCCUUGGUUCAUCCAUGCCAUACAGAGGCUGCAGCAAAUAUUUCUUGUGCAUUACCAUCAGGUCGUGAAGUACACAACGACCCUAGAGAACCUUGUCUUCACAAGUGACACAGAUCCCACCAUCCUGGAGGUCUUUACAGCUUUCCGCUCCCUGCACUCAUGAUGACAACCCCGGUGCUCCGACAUUUGCUCUGGCAACAACUGCCGUGGGUGCUAUUUUGUCAAAAGCAUAGGGUUAGGGUUAGGGUUAGGGUUGCCUUCGGGUUUUAAGUUAGAUUUAGGGUUAGGGUUAGGGAAAGGCAAAGUGUUGGGUCCAGGGUUGAAGUUAGGAAUUCAGUCAGUCUGGGAAAUUGUCAAGGAACACCCCUACAUCUAUGUUUCUGUUUCAUAAAUUCUACAUCAAAUGUCAUUCUUGAUGUAGAUUUUUAAAAGAAAAUGGGCAUUAUGAAAAGAUGACCUGCCAAUUCGAAACCACCUAUACCGGUUAGUCUCCAGAACUCAGUCGGCAGUCAUUAUUUCAACAAAUUAGCUGUGACUCAGAUUUGAAGUCCCGAGAAAAAGAAAAAAAUUGUUGUUAAUUGUGACCAUUUCUCAUAAAAGCUGAGUUUUCAAACAAAAUUGUGUGCAUGUUGAGGUUACCGGUAUUUUCUAUCCUCUCAAGCGUAUCCACUAUAUGAAAGAAUCUUUAUUUUUGUCCUCAUACUCUGACCAACAUUAGAUACUAGUAACCAUACAUUUCUUGGCACAACUUGUACAUAUUUUUCUAAGUGGUCCCAUUAUCUUGUGACGUUUUUAUUUUGUCUAAUUUAUAGAGCAAGAAAAUUGCUUACUCUGUUGUAAAAGGGGAGGGGUUGAAAGCGGAGAGCUUAUUUUAUUUGAAAAUAUGUGUCAAAAUUGAGUAGAUGUUUUUAGUACAAUUGCAUGAAGGGUACUGUGAAUGUCUUUUCAGGAAAAUGCAUAUACAGGUAUGUGUGCAGAAUCCAAAACAAUAUUUCACAGGAAAAGUUACUGGAGCAUUUAAUUGAUUGAUUUUAUUCACCAACAAUAAUAGCAGCAUUUGUACGAAAUAUGUCUUUACACUUUACAAUAUGUAAAGUGAUAAUAAUAUCAUAAUCCGUUUUUUUAUAUAGUGCUCAAUACACCGAUCCAACGAUGUGCCUAAGCGCUUUACAGAUAUAUUAUUACCCCGGUCAUCGGAUUCAGGCUUACCCGCACACAAUGUGUGCACAUUUUCCACUCCCUGGGCAGCAUUCCAGCCUGUCGCCAUUUUACAGGCGCACACUUGCUCGUCCAACCGAAUCAAAAGUUAUGAUAAAAGUUGGUAAAUAGGACCAGAAAAUAGCACAUGGGGAAAGCUGAGCCUGGCCCCUCAACAAAAUUGACAAAACAGAAGAUGUUCACUUUGAAUCUGCCAAACAAAAUGCAAUUAUAAGUGGAUCACUUGAUGCCAUGCACAGAGCACUAUAUCUUUGGGUUUUUAUUAUUAGAUGAUUUUUAAGUGAAUUACUGAAACCUUUUCUGGAUGUUUUUAAUUUGAUAUCCGGGAUGCACAAUUUGAAAGACAAUCAGGUCAAUAGAUCAAGCUUUUAGCAGGUAAUCAGGAAAGAGGUAAUCCAUUAAACUGUAGAAGAUAUGUACAGAUGUCACAUGAACUUAAAUGUUGUUGGAGGUAAAGUUGUUAACCAUGGAAUAACGGUGUCCAAUAACUAGGUCUUUGUAAAUUAGAGACGAAUACAUUGUGUCGCACAGUGCAUUUUUAGAAUCAUCUCCUCAAAGUUGAUUCUAAAGCCAAGAAGAGAGUAGAAUCAUGCUUCUAACGUUGCAUGUUUUGGACCUUGUGACUGUUUGCUCUCGGUAUUGAUUACUGUAAUUGCUAAAUGCAUCAGUGCUAUGUAAAGUUUGAUGUAUCGAAUGGUCUUUAGAUUAAAAUCUCUGUGAAAUCAUUACUGUUUGGAUCACCCCCUUUAGGCCUUGUUGAGGUAUGACAGCAAAACCAUGGCGUUAAAAAAAUUGUUUAUGAUGACAUGAUUUGUAAUAUGCAUUAUAUGAAAAUGUGCAAAUUCCCUUUGUAUAUUCAGGUUCGUUGGAGAUGUAAAUGGCGCAAUUUGAACUUUAUCAUGAUGUUUAGGCAAUUACCUGUCUUGUUAUUCAUUACUUUCAUCUAUGCUUUCACAAUUUCAACCACAUUUUGAACCAAACCGACCUAACAAUAUCUACAUUUGUUUGUAUUAUUGUUGACGUGGAGCAUAUCCAAGCAUGUUGCUGCCACAUAUACCUUCGAAAAAUUUCUUCAUCGUUGAUCAUGUCAGAGAGUUGAUGAUUGUUGCUUUUUAGAUAUUUUGAUUUUUCACUUUUUUAUGUUGAUACUGUAUAACAAUCAUUUGUGUUUGUGAAAUAAUCAAUUAAGCAACUAUGGGACAUGCUUGAUUCUAAUGUGUUGCAUAAUGAGUUCUAGAGGACAAUAGCUUUCUUUUAAAACUUUUGUUUGUAAAAUAUUACUUUUUUAUUUUUUCAUAGUUUGUUAGUUCAUUAAAAGUUGUAAUAACUCAUUUCUGAACUCAUUUCUGAACCUGUUUGUUAAAUACACCUGUAUAUGCACUUUUGCAACGAAUAAACUAAAUUCCUGUACAGUA